GACUACAAGAUGUAUUCUCAGGUCAAUAUGAUCUGUCUAUUGACCCCGAUAGACUCACCGAGGCUGGUCGCCUGCAUGUUGGUCACGUGAUAGCAACAUUGUCAUACAGCGGAGAUCAAGACAGUUACACAGACCCUAACACUGGAGAAAGGGUCGAGAAAAUCACAGAGGACAUUUAUACGUCAUUUUAUUUCUAUGUUUUAGAUUCAUCUUGUGUACAACCGUUGGGAAUGAGGAGUGGUGGUAUCAAGGAAAGCCAAUUUCUUUCAUCCUCAUUUUACAAAGAAACUCAUUUCUCACUCGGUCACAGUCCUCACCAAGCAAGGUUUGGUGGGGCCGGGUACUGGUCUCCAGUUGGUGGAUCUGCAUCUAUUGACAGUGGGCAGUUUCUACAGAUCGCUUUCAAGACUCCUAUGCAGCUGAAAAUGAUCGUAGUACAAGGAAAACCAAACUCCACAGAGCAUGUCAGGACAUUCGAUGCGUUGACAAGUACGAACGGAGAUGUGUGGAGGAAGGAAAAGGCAUUGCUUCCAAAGGCUAGUAUCAACGUAAAGAGUGGAGAUUCUGCGGUUCCGACUGUCUACCAAUCCCUCUCGGCCACACGCUUUCUUCGAAUACAGCCCAGAUCUUGGUAUAAAGAAAGUACCCUUCGAAUCGAGGUUUACGGCUGUCUUCUUUCAGCAGCACAGACCCAAGGUCUUGUUCUAGGUUUUUCUAACAAGUCCUAG